UGCAAACCACAGGAGAGAAGCUGCAGCCCUAUCCAUCUGAUGCGAAGAGACAGAGUGAAAUAAAAAAGCUACAGGGCAGAGGGGGGUUGCUCCUUUUAAGCCAAUACUACAAACUGGAUUGCAACCAGAGGAACCGGUGACCGACUCGAUGUCGCUCCAGUGGAGGAGGAUCUCCAAACCUUGUGGACGUGGUUCAGUCCCCGCUCAGAGCCCUGGAAGUCAGCGGAGACCACUGAGGAUUGUCGGCGCAUUGCGGAGAGAGUUGAUUUGGAAACGUGAGCAGUGAGGAACAUGCUAACGUCGGUUUAAUAGUGUGUACUUGUACAUUAAACACACGCAUACAAUAGAGCGGAUAACAGGGAUUAUAUAUUAACAGAUAUCAGAGGGGAGCAGGAUGGACUCGCUGCGUUGAAGACGCGCACGGAGAAGACGCACAUGUGUACCGCUCUCUGAUUUAUUCUCCUCUUUUCUUGCUGAUGUGGUUUGAAUUCUUCUAUUGCAUCUGAGGAUACUGGCUGGAGGAUUUUGUAUCUUUCCUCUGUGGAAGAAGAUCAGCGCAAAGUUUUAGUAAAGAUGCAGCGGAGGGAAGCGGCGCAUCUGUGGCUGCUGGUCCUCACCGUGGUGUCGGUGUCAGUCAGCGGAUUUCCCACUAACUUAAAGAGGACUGCAGCCAGAGACAGGAACGCUUCUGCGUCGAUUAUUGAGGCGAUAGCAGAGAGUCGACAUGGAGACGAUCAGCAGAGUCUGGAGGAGCUUCAGCAGCAGAACCUGCUGCAGACGCUGCCGUCUUCCCCCAGGUCCAGAAACCGCUGGUCCCAGCCGCGGCACCAGGGUGUCCUCCCCCCUCCUGAACCCGAGGAGGACUCUGAGCCUUUCAUCCUGGACCUGAGGAACUUCCCAGAGCUGGCUAAUGCAGACAUGAGCUCACAGAACCCCAACAUCCAGGUGACCAUUGAGGUGGUGGAGGACACACAGACAGAGACUGAGGUGGAGAUAGACUUGGCCAAGGAGAGCCAGCGUAAUGACUGGUCAGUGUCAUCAUCAGAGUGGGCCAACAGCCACAAGAAGCUGUUCUGGCCAUUGUUCUGGGAGUACCCAGAACAGGCGGAGAACGGGCUGGGAAGAGCCAGUUUAGAGGAACAAUCUGAGGAGUACUAUGAUCCAGAGGAGCCCGUCCUCAGUGGAGUCGGGGGAGACUGGGGGGGUCACUGGAACAAAGAAUGGGACGCCAAGGAUAACUACGAGUACGAGGAGGAGUGGAGCGACUGGGCUCCUUGCAGCGUCACCUGUGGACACGGCACCCAGAAGCGCACCCGUUCCUGCGGCUACGCAUGCACAGCGACUGAGUCACGCACGUGUGACCUGGAGAGCUGUGCCGACAGUGUGAUGGCAGUGACAGAGCUGACACCCAUCCACAUGUCCAACGGCACCAACUCCCUCGAAACAAAUGUAGACAGCUGUGAGAAGUGGUUAAGCUGCAAGAAUGACUUCCUCCAGAAGUACCUGCACCAAGUGCUCACAGAGCUCCCCAGCUGCCCCUGCUCCUACCCUUCUGAGGCUGUUUACAGUGCCGUCAACAUCCAGGACUCCAAACUUCGCAAGACCUACCGCUGGAGGGACGCAAGCGGACCCAAAGAACGCCUGGACAUCUACAAACCCUCAGCCAGAUUCUGCAUCCGCUCAAUGCUGUCAUAUGACAGCACAACAUUAGCGGCGCAGCACUGCUGUUACGAUGAUCAGAUGAGACUGAUAACACGAGGGAAAGGAGCAGGGGCGCCAAAUCUGAUCAGUACCGAGUUCUCACCAGAACUACAUUAUAAGGUAGAUGUUCUGCCUUGGAUCCUAUGCAAGGGGGACUGGAGUCGGUUUCAUUUGGUAAGGCCACCUAAUAAUGGGCUAGACUGUGCUGAUAACCCCCCCGAGCAAGUAUUUCAGACAGAACUGAAAGAGGCGAGGGAGUACUGACACUGUGGGGUUGUGGAGUCACAACAAGAAGGGAGGAUGAUAGAGACAUAUAUGGUGUUGGUAGUUAAAAUCACCAUUUCUCCUAUCAGCCGUCUUCUCUGACAUACUGUUCAGUCCUGCAGGAGCACGGAAAAACUGAACUGUUUUGUUAAUAAAGCGUUUCUGUGGUCCAUUUACCAUGGGGGGACUUCUGUCAGAUGAUGUAAAGCUUUGUUGUUACAAUCUCAUGGCUCCCUGCAUCAAUGGACACUUGUAAACUUUUAUUUAGGAAAAAGGGAUGUAACUUUCAACACAUCUGAAAAUACGAUUUGAAGACAUGAGCAACCAAGACAGCUGAAUCUUUUUUUAUACUCAUAUGUAGACUGUUGGUGCACAGCAGCAAAAAAAAUCGACGCUGAUGUUGGGACCAUUGGAAGGACAAUGAAACAUACCCAGUGUUGUAAAGUAUGUUCUGUUUUCAGCUCAUCCCUGUCCCUGUAUGCUGCUGCUAUUCUGCUGGGAUGUGCUGAGCUGAGCUGAAUGUCUCUGAUGGCAGUGGCAUGUGUGUGUACAGUAUGUGUGUAUGUGUGUGUGGUGGGAGGAUGAGCUUAUUUAUUGGCCCCUGUAAUAUUUUAAUCAGAUCUAGUGUCCCAUGAAAGGAAUUCCUGUCAUGCUGCUAAACAGGGAAUAAAGUCAAAUGGACUAUUGGACUACA